AUCGCAGCGCCAUCACUAGCUACUCUGUCCAUACAUGUUCGAGAGGAAAUGUCAUUCAUGUAUCCAGCUCAGCAUGUUGUGGCCGCGGUGUGACGUUCACGGUACACACGCGGUGAAACGACUCCGCCGCACACCGUCCGUUCAGGAACCUUUCAGUGACGUCACCUGCGUCGUCCAUGUUUUGCUCCAGCCUGACAGCCCGGUGUGUCUGACUGCGACUGUACACUGGACACUGUACAGUCCCAUGUAGUGGUCGCAUUACGUUUCACUGUGCUGUGAGCUGACCACCUCACAUUAUGUUACCGAAGACAGCGUGACUGUGCUGCUGCUGGAGGAGGAGGAGGAGGAGGAGGGGCGAGGUGCAGACCCGGUCACUGCCGUGUUCCUGUGGACCAGAGAAUGCCAUCUCUGUCUGAGCAGCUGCAGGAGGUGCGGAGUCGGGCUGAAGUGUGUCUGUACUCUGGCGGCAGGGUGGUGGAGGUGCGGGCGGGGGUAAUGGCCAUGGCUAAUCUGCCCUUACCGCCCUGCUCCAAGUACCAUCACAUCGCUGCAGAGACCAUGGUCAUAGAAAACAGCUUUGGCAGUAACAGGAAGGAGACCCUUGGAUCUCUCCAGCGCCUGUCUACAGCUCUGAAUAUCCUGGAAAAGUAUGGCUGUAACUUGACAAACCCCAACAGGCCAAAGUACUGGAGGACUGUGAAGCACAACAACCCGGUGUUCAGGGCCACUGUUGAUGCUAUUCAGGGAGGACGAGCGGUGCUCUGUCUCUAUGGUUACUCCAAUCAGCAGCCAGAUGGACUCAGCUUCCCUGAUGACGUCAUGGAUCCUGAUGUGGGCCGUGUGGCUGCAGUAACCCUAGAAGUGAUGAGCCUGAGGAUGGAACUAGAAAUGCUUAUCAAGGAGGCUCAUCCCCACCCUGAGUUUUAUGAGAGAAUCAUUCCAACACUGAGACACAAGGAUGUGGGCCUCAACACUGAUGCUGUGGUCUUCCACUCCUACUCCACUUCAUGCCGUUCUGAUGGUCAGACCAAGUCGUUAGCCUUCCCCCUCCACCACCGCUCCUCCAGGGAGAGCAGCCAUGGUCACUCCCUGUCCUCCCAACACCAAAGUAUAAGGUCCAUUCAGGUCUUUUCCACCUCCUCAAACAAGCACCCAGAGAACUGCACUAUCUGUGAAAUAUUCCGUAUCUCAGCCCACUGCCUCACCUGCCUCCAGGGGCUCUGCUCUGAAUGUGACAGACUGUACCACUCCUACCCUGAGAGGGCCAACCACCGUAGAACAGCUGUCACGCCAGCAUCAUCAUCAUCAUCAUCAUCAUCAUCCCAAAACAGGAGCAGUCACAGUUCUUCCACCUGGCGUUGCCUUCACUGUACAAAAGUCAACUCUGUCCAGGAUGUGCUGUGUGAGGAGUGUGAGCGCCCUCGCAUCGAAUCAAUCAGCUCGAAAGCAGAUGAAUCUCAGCCUGCCACCAUCACUGAGUGGCAGUGUCGAAGCUGCACUAUGGUUAAUGCAGCCAGCAGUAUUCUGUGUGAGGUGUGUGAAAGACCUCGUUUGGCCACACGACCACCAGUGACCCCGUCACACCCACCCGUCAACCCCCCCAGACCACCAGCACCAGUACUGGGCAUGCCCGGUGACCCAGACAGCCAGUGGGUGUGUCAGUUCUGCACCUAUCUGAACUACUCUCCUGCGACAGUUUGUGAGAUGUGUGACCUGGCUCGUCCAGAGCCUGCAGCCCUGCCUGCCAGGCUACGUCCCCCCUCUCCCGUCAGACGGGUCCCCGCCCUACCAAUUAAGUCCAAAGAGCCUGCCUCUGAAGACCUGGACUCCUGGAGGCAGAAGCUGAUGAAGGAGGAGGGGCUGAAGCUAAUUCAACUGAUUAGAGAUGGGGAGAAGAAAGGAGUGAGUCCAGAGGAGGUGUACACCAGCAUGAGGGUAGCGGGGGACAGCAGCAUCCUGCCCUGCAAGUGGUUAAAGACGGAGCUUCCUCUGCUGUUAGACCAGAUCAGGAUGUCAGUGGCAACAUCCUCUCUCCAGUCUGUUUCUGAUCAGACCACAGCAGAGCACGCAAGCAGCUCAGUUGAAGCUCCUGCGGGGGAUGCUGGGAAAGAGGUGGACACUGCAGACACAGACAGCGUGGUCCAGUUGUCGAGAGCAGAGGCCAAGCAGGCCUGGCUGACAGCAGGGGGCGACACUGAGAGAGCUGCCAGACAGGCUCUGAGGGACAGACUGGCCAAGGUGAAGGAGCUGUGUGCACUGGGCUUCAGUGACGAGGCACGCUGUCAUGAGGUUUUAAGGCAGAGUGGUGGUGAGGUGAGGGGGGCCCUGGCCCUGCUGCAGCGACCUCUUCUGGAACCAUUUCACAAGCGUAUUUGGAGUGACAAACCAGAGCCUCCUGUAGACAUCCAUCACCCCGACAAACAGCGCAUUUGUCGGAGGUUACUUGCAGUGUACGAUCUUCCUAGCUGGGGUCGCUGUGAGCUGGCAAUGUCUCUGCUUCUGGAGCACAGCGCCCCCUACUCACUGGAGGAUGUAGUGCAGGCUGUACGAGAGUCCCAUGACAGGGAGUUUAUCAAGAGAGUGCUGGCUAAAGAGUGUCCCAUCUGCCUUUCUGUCUUCCCCCACAGCAAGAUGCAGUCUCUGACAUCGUGCCAGUGUUCGGUUUGUUGCGGCUGUUUCCAGCAGCACUUCACCAUCGCUGUGAGGGACAAACACAUUAGAGAUAUGGUGUGUCCAGUCUGCUGGGAGCCUGACAUCAACGACCCCGAACACCUCAACAGCUACUUCUCCACUCUGGACAUCCAGCUGCGAGAGUGUCUGGAUUCAGAAGUCUACGAGCUGUUCCAUAAGAAGCUGACAGAACAGGCUCUGAUCAAGGACCCCAAGUUCCUCUGGUGCUGUCAUUGUUCCUAUGGGUUUAUCUAUGAUGGAGACCAGCUGAAGGUCACAUGUUUCCAGUGCCGCAACAGUUUCUGUGCCCAGUGUAAAAAGCCUUGGGAGUCUCAGCAUGCAGGUCUGUCCUGUGAGCAGUACCAGUCAUGGAAGAGGGAGAAUGAUCCAGAGUAUCAAAGACAGGGCCUGGCGGGAUACCUCAGAGACAACGGCAUCACCUGUCCUAACUGUCGCUUUCAGUACGCGCUGUCUAAAGGAGGCUGCAUGCAUUUCUGCUGUUCACAGUGUCGUUACCAGUUCUGCAGUGGCUGCAACAACCCUUUCCACACUACCUGUGCAGUGGAUGAGUGCAGUGUGUCUGGAUUACAUGCCCACCAUCCGAGAGACUGCCUCUUCUAUCUGAGAGACUGGGAACCUUCCAGACUGCAGGCUUUACUGCAGAAUAAUGGAGUCGCCUUCAACACUGAGCCCCCACCUGGAACACAGACAGGUCUGUGUGGAGUUAUAGAACAGAAGGAUGAAGGAGGGCAGCAGCCAGAUUCAGCCUGUGGAGCUCAGACCCAACCUGGACAUGCUGGACUCUGCGAGAAGCACUACCGGGAGUACCUGGUCAGCCUGAUCAACAGCCAAGCCAUCGACCCCGCCCCCCUCUACAGCUCCAAUGAGCUGCUGCUGGCCUGCAGGAGGUACAAGGUGGAUGACACCCGCAGGGAUGGAGAGGAUGGCUUCACCUACUACAGCAGGCUGCUGGAGGUGACCUUUGUUCACCUUAUCACACUGCAUGAAAUAACACUGAAAACUAAUGGAUGAAGUACCGCUCGGCGACAAGGUGCCACGCAAGAAAUAAUGAAACAUCCGGCAUCCUAUUUACUGCACUUCACUGAUUAUGUCCGCCUUUUAAACUUUGCUUUCAGCUACAAGAGAUAAAAUGCCAACAGUUUCCUUUGGGUGUUAGCUCUUUAAUUAAACUCACAUUCCUAGCUAGUGUAGGUUAUGCUAACACUUUAAAAUUCUCAUUGUUAUAAAUGGUAGAUUUAUGUUAACUCAAGUUUAGUUCAUAGUUAUUUGACAAAUACAAGCACCACUAGUGGUCACAGUUCAGCACCAGUGUGUGAGCAACAAACCCCCCCUCUGUGUGUGUGUGUGUGUGUGUGUGUGUGUGUGUGUGCACAUGUGCGUGUCCGUGUGUGUGUGUGUGUGUGUUUUAAGGACACAGAGAGGGGGUGUGACAUCACCCUCAGGAUGCUUUGCUCCACAUCUAGUGAAGCUGAAUGUUGUAUAUUGGACCUUUAAGAACAAUUGAAUGCUUUAUAUAGAAUAUAUAUUUAAGAAUUGUAAAGGUUUAACCAUCAAAUGCAAAAACUACCAUCCAAACAAAGUUUGUAGAUGAACUACACAGUAUUUAUUAACCAUUUACAAAUUAUUACAAACAUCAGUUGCAACUUUACAAUAAACAGUUGCUUAAUAUAUUAACAUGUCAUUUUUUUAAAACAGUUAAACAACUAUGAACUAAAAUUGAAUUAACUAUACAUUUUACAUUUAUUUAUGUUGGUUUGUCUAAAGUGUUAUCCUUGGUUACCAUGGUAAUCUACUCUGGUAAAAUUCAGCCAACUUUGUGAUACCAGGAAGCCUGAGUGGAGCCUAGAAACAGCCGUCUAACCCAGUCUUUACUGCUUAUGUGUCAUGGUUUUGUUUCUUGUAUUGCAUGUAUAAUUGCUACACUUGUGCAUGUUUAAACUUGACAUGUGAGUCUUGUAUCUGAAUCCGUUUACAGAUAUUAACAGUAUCUUCAGAGGAUUUGUCUUGUUGCUGAUGGGGCGCGGUAGAUAAAGUGAAAUCCUUACAAUGAUGAGAUGCUAAAUAAAAUGACUUUGAGUGAUGUAAAA